AUGUAAUAACAACUUCAAAAUAGAGAAGAUUCCAAAGUAUAAGUUUUUCAAAAGCCAAUUAAAAAAUAUAUAAAUUAAGUAAAUAAAAAUUAAAUAAAAACCAGAAAACUAAUUCAUUUUUAAAAGAUUCCAGAUGAAAUUUUGAAUAAUUAAUUUUUAAAUGAAGCCAUAAAAAUCUUACCAUCUCAUUAUAAUUUUGAAAUACAUAAGUCAAUAUGGAGAAUAACAGAAACAAAGGAAUAAUUAAAAAAAGAAUCAAUAAUUGUAACUUUACAAUUUCCUGAAGGAUUAAUGCUUUUUGCAUGUUUAAUUAGUGAUAUCCUUUAAAAUUUCUCAAAAUGUGAAUGUAUAAUUUUAGCAGAUGUAACAUACGGAGCUUGUUGUGUUGACGAUUUAGGUUCGAAAGAGUUAAAUGCUAAUUUACUUAUACAUUAUGGACAUAGUUGUUUAAUUCCAAUAAAUGAAACAUGUAUAAAAACAUUAUAUGUUUUUGUUGAGAUAUAGAUAGAUAUUGAUCAUUGGUUACAGACAAUUUAUUUGAAUUUUAAGAUAAAAACUAAUUAAUACAUAUUAUGGGAACAGUUUAAUUUAAUUAAAUAAUGUUCUAAACGAAAGCAAUUUUAGAAGAAAAAGGUUAUAAAAUAAUUAUGCCUUAAGAAAAACCAAGAAGUUCAGGUGAAGUUUUAGGAUGUACAUCUCCUUAAAUACCUGUUUAAAAUAAUUAGAAAAAUAUUGUGUUAUUUUUAUGUGAUGGAAGAUUUCAUAUGGAAGCAACAAUGAUUACAAAUCCCGACUUUUAGUUUUAUUAAUACAAUCCUUAUUCUAAAGUUUUAAGUAUUGAAAAAUAUGAUUAUUAGAAAAUGUUAAAUAUUAGACAUUCUGAAAUUAUGAAGUCUUCUAAAAUUAAUAAAAGAGUAGGUAUUAUUAUGGGUACAUUAGGAAGAUAAGGUUCACCU